GAGAAGGCCCGUUCCCUGCUGUGUUGGAUCUGUGCACCUUCAUGUCCGAGAAACGAGCCUCCCUGUUGGCCAGCAAAGGCUUUGUGGUCUUAGCAGUUCCUGUUUUCUUUGAGAAGCCUGACGUCUCAGGAAAGAUGCACCUGGACCACUUUGAAGAGGCAGUGACAUUUCUAAAGCAAGUGCCUCAGGUGGGCAGCAGAGGAGUUGGUGUGAUAUCUCGGUCAAAGGGGGGAGACAUUGCCCUCUCCCUGGCUGCUUUUGUUCCAGGUAUUGAGGCUGUGGUUUGGAUCAACGGCUGCAACGCUAACGUGGGCAUUCCCCUGUUCUACAAGAAACAACCCAUUUUGUCCCCGAUAAUGUUUGACUUCAGUAAGGUGAUUCCCACUGAUUCUGGGGCUAAUAUAAUCAAGUACGCUGUAGAAAAUCCUCUGGAUGAGAAGAACAAGGGCAGCCUGGUUCCUAUAGAGCGUGCAGCGGGACGUUUCCUCUUUGUUGCCUCAGAAGACGACCUGAACUGGGACAGCACGGCCUAUGUGGAGGCGAUGGUGGAACGGCUGAAGCGUCAUGGGAGGAGUAACUUUGAGACUGUAUUUUACCCCGCUGCUGGACACUUGCUGGAACCACCUUAUGGUCCAUUUUGCCCCUCUGCCCUCCACGGGAUGCUGAACUUCCCUGUCAUGUGGGGGGGUGAGCCGAGGACCCAUGCUGAAGUGGAAGUGAAGUUAUGGAAAAAGAUUCAAGAGUUCCUAAAAACUCACUUAAAGUGUGAUGAUGCUCACAGUAAACCCAGAUUAUAAUUAUUAAAAAGAUAAAGAGAAAACACAAUAAUUUUACUUUUACGUUUUUGUCACAUUUUAGUCCUACUCAUCUCAAAUCUGCAGGAACAUGUAUGUUCCUUUAGCAAUCAAAGCUGUCAAAUCAGAUGAAUUGAGAUGUUAAGAUUGAAUUUCCUUUGGGUUCUGAUUCAAAUGUUUGUCUAAUAUGUAAAUUAACUGAUUUUGUUGAUCUGAAACAACUGUUGUCAUUAAUAAAUAAUAAGUUAGAAAA